GUAACUCACAUAUAAUUAUACAAAAUGUAAAGUUUAGCCUGCGGUUUGGCAACGAGGCGCGGUUUCUGACAGUUAGUUGUCAACAGCAACAUAACCUCGAAUAACUGAACUCAAGAAAAAAUAAAUGCGAAAUGUCCAAUCUUGACCGCUGUUUUGUCAGUGGUUGGUCAGACGAUGAGGAUGGCAUUGAUCCCGAACGCAAUCCCACCGAAGAGAACCCCAAACGCAUUUUAGCGGCCGCCGAAAAUGGCGAGUUGAAUGAAAUCAAGAGCUUAAUCGAACUCGACCCCAGUUUAAUUCAUUCAACCGAUAAGGAAGGCUACACUGCUCUUCACAGGGCAUGUUAUGGCAAUCAUGUUGAAGUCGUGAAAUAUUUGCUUAAAAACGGUGCAGACAUCGCAGCUAAGACGGAAAUGCAGUGGCAGCCUUUGCACUCUUGCUGUCACUGGAACAACAUCGAGUGUGCACAGAUUCUGCUGGCCGAGGGGGCUGAUGUGAAUGCGUUGUCUGAAGGGGGGCAAACUCCCCUGCAUAUUGCCGCGUCUCAUGGGGCGCGGUACGACCUGGUUCAGCUGCUGCUAAUGCAUCCCUAUGUUAAGCCAAAUUUGAAGAACAACAGCAAUGAGACUGCGUUUGAUAUUGCAAGGCGCAGCUCAAAGUAUCGGAAUAUUUUUGACAUGGUCGACCCCCUAAUAGACUUAAAACACUUAGAAAUGUAAUGAUAUCUUAUUAAUUUAUAAUUAUGUAUUUUGUUAUCUUUGUUUUAUAUUUUUUGUAAUAAAUAAAAUCAUUAUUAGCAAAAA